AUGAAAAUUGAAGUAAUAGUGAUAUGCAGCCUAGGGCUGCUGGUGAUAGUGAACAGCUCAGCGUUAAAGUGUUCCAAGUGCCACCAAAAUGAGUGUGAAUGUGUACGACAUAUUCUGAAGGCCUCAACCGUUCCACCGAUUUCGUUUUGCAAGAUGCAAGUUUGUGAAGAAUCGCGCCCGGUAGAGUUCCAACCGAUUAAGGACGUUUGCUCGUGCCUUGAUUUGGCAGCGGUGCGACCUGACCGUGGACAGAGAAGCGAGACGCCCAAGUUUGCAGAUUCAAACUCGUGCGAGUGCGGAUACAAAGACAACAAACAGCAGCCAAAGAAAUAUUUCGCCGAUUCCGUCAGCCAGCAUCUAGCCGCCAUAGCCGCUAGGAAGAAACAGGUCUCCAUCUCGGAAACAGACCUACAUUUUCUCGGAAAUGCCAUAAAAGUGACGCCGAAUGCGAAACCAGCGCCAAACAUUAUGGAAGAACGAUUACACAAAUUCAACCGACAGGUGAUUGAGCUGAAGCCUUCGAAAAAGAAUCGAGUUUACCAUCCCAUAUCAUCUGAGGAGGACGAAUAUCCAUGCGAUCCGAAACAACAGUCCUAUUCGGACAUUUGCUACGACAAAGUCAACGAUCCAAAUCCGGUGUUUGAGCAAAUUAAACCAUACAAUGAACCAUGCGAAAUAUGCCAAGAAGCUUACACCAAGGAGGAGAAUCAUUGUAAUUCUGAACCUGCUGAAGAGGAGGAAGAUAAUGACUACGAAGAGGAUAACUACGACGAUGACGAAGAAGAGGAUGACGAACAUCAGCCAGAAACUGUGACACCCGAAACAACAAUUGGGUCGCCAAGCAAUACAGUCAAGAAACGAUCAAUCAAUAGUUCCUGGCAGAAUCCAAUGGCAAAUAAAAUGAACGAGAAGAAGAAACCUGCAAUGAGUAGCUAGUAGACUGUAUAUUGUAUAGAGAAAGAACAAUACUCUUAUUUAUAUUAUUGUGUUACAAUAAGGCUAACUCGUGUGUUCAGUGCGAAUAUCUAUAAUCAAAUCAACUUGGUGCA